AUGGGAAGUGAGGCACAAGCGGGAAAGAAGUCAGUGUUUGAAGGUGGAGAUAGUACAUAUAGAGUCUGGGGUGCGCUGUCUGUAAAAGAGAAGCAGAUUAUGUUCUGCAAUCCACCACUAGCCCUGAAUGGAUCGGCAAAUCGCUUUUGGAUAUACACCAAUCUCGCAAUCAUCUUCAUUGUUCUCAUACUUCAUUUCACUGUAUGGGUCAUCCUUAAAAGAAAAGAAAGGCAAGUGAGUAUUCGGAGGAUUGUAUGGAAAGACCAGAAACGGGCUUUGCACUCAGUCACUUUGCAUUUGGUGCUGUUCUUCUGGUCAUGGUGCACAACCAUUAUUGGAAUUGAACUGUGUGGUGAUGUCCUCCGAAAUUGGCUGUCUAACGUUGACUUCGUCGACACUCUUCAAAGCUGCAUGGUUUUCUUCGCUCCUGUUUAUUCGCAUCCUACUAAUUCUCUUGCUGGAAGUCAACCAAACAUCUCAUUCUUUCAAGGAACAACUGCGAAUACUGUGCUGUUCCCCAGUGGACUCUUCGUCCAAAGCAAGGUACGCCUCAGAUGGGAAUCAGCUGACAGCUCGGACGUUACUCAAAGCAAGAACGAAGUUUAG